AUGGUUGCAAAUAAAUCGUCUUUGGUUUUUCGAUCUGACUCCCGUCUUUUACCGCGUAUUCAAAAAAUACAUCAAGCAAAUGAACUAUACGAUGCGGAGGAUAUUGCACGUCAACUACGACAAAUCUACCCAGAAUAUUCUCGACGAAAAUAUCGUGAUUUUAUAAAGUCAGUUGAAGUGGGACUUGAAAAAUUAACGGAGAUUGAUGUAGAAGGAAGUGUAGAAAGUAUAGUUGAUCUGACUAAUGAUGCAGAUGGAACGUGUAAUGUCGUACGAAAACGGAAAAUGACGUUGAAAAAAUCUCGGAAAUCUUCGCCUUCAUCGAGAUCAUUUUAUAACACAACCAUUGAUGUGGAGUCGAGUGUAUCGGACGUUACAUUCACAGAUAUUGGUGGUUGCGAACAGCAACAGUUGCAAAUUUGUCAUUUUGUUGUACAUCUCUUACAUCCAGAAGUCCACAGUUUGCUUGGAGUAUCACGUCCUACUGGAUUUUUACUCUGUGGUCCUCCAGGUUGUGGAAAAACGUUAUUAGCCCAAGCUGUGUCAGGAGAAUUUAAUUUGCCAUUAUUGAAAAUGGAAGUAACAAAACUAGUGUCAGGAGUAUCUGGUGAAACAGAGCAAAAAAUAAGAUUGUUAUUUGAUAAAGCGGUUGAAGUAGCACCUUGCAUUUUACUUCUGGAUGGAAUUGAUGCCAUUGCAGCUAAACGAGAAAAUGCUCAGCGUGAGAUGGAAAGGCGUAUUGUAUCCCAACUCGUUGCUUGUCUGGAUGAUUUGUCAAGUCCAAAGAAGAAAACUGAUGUAAAAAUAGACACGACAAACACUGAAAUUUCCGUCGACAAAAGUUUUGAGGAAAAGCUUGUUCUUGUAAUAGGAACUACAGAUAGAGUAGAAACCAUCGAUCCAGCUUUACGAAGAGCCGGUCGUUUUGACAAAGAAAUAUCUGUGGGAAUCCCAGAUAAGCGAGCUAGAUUGAGAAUAUUGGAGAUUGUUUGCAGAGGACUUCGGCUAGAUGAACAUGUAUCGCUUGAACAUCUUUCGCGUCUCACUCCUGGAUAUGUUGGAGCUGAUUUAAAAGCUUUGGCCAUUGAAGCGGCAAAAUAUGCCGUGGAUAGAAUAUUUGAAACAGCUAUAAUGCGUAAAUAUGCAGCAAACAAAAUUCAGCAAACCGAAAUCGAAUUACAAAAAGUACUUAUGUGGAUAAAGUCACCGCAACGAAUUGAUGAUAGCAUUUUGCAAAAUGUUCACAUAACAAUGAAGGAUUUCAAUGAAGCAUUGACGAAAAUGCAACCAUCAGCUAAACGUGAAGGAUUCGCUACCGUUCCAGAUGUUACUUGGAAUGAUAUUGGUGCACUUGAAAAUGUUCAUGAAGAAUUAAAUUGGAGCAUACUGAUUCCAAUUCGAGAGCCUGAGCUUUUUGAUAAAUUUGGAAUAGAAAGUAGACCGCAAGGAAUAUUGCUCUGUGGACCGCCUGGAUGUGGUAAAACAUUGAUAGCAAAAGCUGUCGCGAAUGAAAGUGGCAUGAAUUUUAUUAGCGUCAAAGGUCCCGAAUUACUGAGCAUGUAUGUUGGAGAAAGUGAAAGAGAAGUACGAACCGUUUUUCAAAGAGCAAGAGAUUCUUCACCAUGUGUUAUAUUUUUUGAUGAGAUUGAUGCUUUAUGUCCAAAACGAGUUGGAAAUGAGUCAAAUGGUAGUUCACGGUUAGUGAAUCAGUUGCUCACGGAAAUGGAUGGUAUGAGCAGUCGAAAAGAGGUAUUCUUGAUUGGAGCUACAAAUCGUCCAGAUAUCGUCGAUGCUGCUAUUUUGCGUCCAGGAAGAUUAGAUAAGAUACUUUUUGUCGACUUUCCUAAUGUAGAUGAAAAGGAAGACAUCCUUCGCAAAAUAACGAGAAACGGAACGCGUCCUCGUCUCUCUAGCAAUUUUUCAUAUCAUGAUAUUGCUGCAGAUCCUGCACUUCAAUGGUUCACAGGAGCCGACAUGGCAGCCCUUGUUCGUGAGGCAGGUAUAGUAGCCAUGAAGGAGAGCAUAUCUGGCAAUAUAAACCAGCUCUGCCUCGUAACUAUGGAACACUUCCGUGAUGCGAUCCGAAGAAUAAAUCCGUCAGUACCAGCUAAAGACCGAAAUGUUUACCAGCGGAUGAAGGAAAUGUAUCGGAAAUUUAGUUCUACUUGA